UUUCAAUGAUCAAACUUCCACCGUCAACUUCCUCUUCAUAGACCGUCCCGAAUCGCUUGAUUAGCCAAGAUGGCUCGAGGGCUCUUGGACAGCGAUGCGUCCGACAGCGAGGAUGGAGGCACCAAUGUUCAACCUUUGGACCUUAAAGUCAACGAAUCCUUCGCUCGAAAAUUUGAACAUAACAAGAAACGGGAGGAAUUGCAGAGAUUGGAGGAAAAGUUAGGACAGUCUGCCCGUAAGCGGAAACGAGACAGUAAAGACUCUAACGACGAUGACACCUCCGAUGAUUCGACCAGCGAAUCCGAAGACGAAGGCGAGCUAGCCACUGAAACUGUCGAUCGAGAGAUCAUGGACACUCUGCAGGCCAUCCGAUCAAAGGACCCGCGAUUAUAUGAUGGCAACACCAAGUUCUACUCGGAAACUAACACACUUCCAUCCUCCAAGCCCAAAUCAUCAAAACCAAUGACCCUACAAGACUACCACCGUCAAAACCUCCUCAAUGGCGACACUGAUAAUCAGGCCACUCCUGACAACCCUCCUCUUUCCUAUGAUCAAGAACAAGCCCUACUGAAACAGACAAUCAUUGGAGAGAUCAAGGCAGUAGCAGGGGGUUCUAGUGACGAUGAAGAAAUGGGCCCAGACAAUGGUGAAUUCCUGGCUGCAAAGCCAACAAAGAAGCCUACAAAAUUAGAACCCGAAUUGGAUGUUGAAAAUGCGGACAAGGACCCCGAACUCUUCCUAUCAAAUUUCAUGACCUCAAGAGCAUGGGCAGCGCCGUCAGACCCUGCCCUUCACCCCUUCGAGUCGGAUGACGACGAUGACGAUCGAAGAGCAGAUGAGUAUGAAGAGGCAUACAACCUGCGAUUUGAAGACCCAGCAAAGUCUAACGAGAAACUACGUUCGCAUGCUCGAGACAUGGCUGAGAAAUACUCGGUUCGCCGGGAACAACUCAAUCCCCGACAGAAGAAAAGAGAAGAAGAGAAACGGAGAAAAGAAGAGGAAAAGCAACAGCGAAAGGAAGACAAAGCACGUCUUCGCAGGUUGAAGAUCGAAGAACUAGAAGACAAGGUGCGCCGCAUCAAGAAGGCAGCCGGAAUCAGAACGCAAGAUCUCAAACCCGAAGACUGGUCUCGUUUUGUCGAUGACGAGUGGAAUGAUGCCCAAUGGGAAGAGGAAAUGCAAAAACGGUUUGACGACAACUACUAUGCAGCAGAAGAAGUCGACACCGAUGAAGACGCCGAAGGUGCAGCUGGACACAAAAAACGCAAAGUGCGCAAGCCAAAGUUUGAUGAUGAUAUUGACAUCAAAGACAUUAUCCCAGACUUUGAUGACCAAGACAAGGCUGAGUUCAGCCUGUCUGAAGACGACAAGCUAUCCAAGCGGAAGCGGGUCAAAAAAGAAAAUGAAGAGAAAAGAAGAGAUGCAAAGAAAGAGCGCAGACUGAUUGAACAAUUGGUAGACGAUCAGCUACAACUAGAACUGGAUGGUUCGUUACCAAGUUCUUCCAAGGCAGGGUUCCGAUAUCGUGAAACAUCCCCCAAAACAUUUGGGUUGACGUCGCGGGACAUAUUGCUGGCGGACGACAAGCAGCUGAACGAAUUUGCCGGCCUCAAGAAGCUGGCGAGCUUUCGAGAUCCAGAAAAGAAACGCAAAGACUUGAAACACCUCGGGAAGAAGGCCCGGCUUCGAAAAUGGCGACUAGACACCUUUGGGAGCGAGGAAGGUUUGCAAGGUAGCCAACUAAUUCCUGCCGAGGACAAUGCAGCAGAUGAGGGCGAGGACGGAGGCGUAGAUAUCAGGGUCAAAGGAAAGAAAAAGAGACGCAACCGAUCCAAGAAGGUGAAGAUUGACGUCGAAUCCUGAUUUUGUUGACGAAAGAUUAUGGACAUGCAGGUAGAAAUAUACAAGUAAUAAUGAC